AUGCCCCAACCACGGGCUUCUCGAGAGCCCUUAUCAAGCUCGAAACCCAGGAGUCCGCCGGUAUCUCCGAAUGACGAGUGUGAGGAUCCUCUCUCCAGACCAUCUACCGCUGUUGCCUUUGUGCCUUUUCAGCUUGGUCCUGCAUCGGGCGUAGGCAACGAUACUCGGCGAGCUGUCCGUGUGCAGGCGGCGAAAGCCAGUGCUGCAGCGCGGAAAAGGACGAUAGCAAGGCGCCUGGCAGAAAGGCAGAGCUCAUCGCAGGACGAAAUUAGACCCUCAAGUGCAACAGCAGGCGCCGCCGAUCGCGGAGGAAAACUCUCAACGACCUCUUCAGAUGCGAGGCCUGUCGACAUUGGAGCAUCGCCUAGCCCUGAUCGCUCCCUGAGAUUCGCGAGCUCAGGACGAUCAGAUCCCUCCAGGUCAUAUCCAACGAAACGAUGGCAUCCGCAGAUACCGUCGCUCGUCGAUUACUUCCUCCGGUACUUUGCGCCAGAAAUCUCAUUUGACGCAUCCGGUCGUGAAGCGUUUCGAAGUCACUUGUGGCCUAUGGCAUUGGAGAAUACAUCGCUGUUUCACGGCAUCUUGCUCACGGUGGCCAGCCAUGCAUCAUUAUCAGGCGCACUGAAUGUGCCCAUGUAUCUACUUGCCCAGCUGAAGCAUUCCACGCUGGAGAGCAUUAACGAGGCAGUGACGAGUCCUGAGACCAGAGGAAGCAUCGAAGACUCCGUGGUGGGAGCCAUAGCACUGUUGGGCGGCUGGGAGCUGGUAGGCUGAGCUUGCGUGACUUGCAUUGGGACAUGGACACAUCGGCUGACUGGAAGUAUAGGCCUAUGGCGAUCCCAACACCUACGACACCCACAUCCGUGGCUUGGAGACAAUCAUCAACCUUCGCGGAGGCAUAUUCGGCUCUCAAUCCACCCAGACAUGCACACGACCACUUUCACCCACCAUUGUGAAUAUUGUAUUACAAGCCGGAAACGUCAUGGCCCUACUGUCAGGAAAGCGUCCACACUUUGAAGAGCCUCACUCACCCACACCAGAGUCUUGGCUAGAAAUGGGUCAAUCACCGGGCUUUGCAGCAUUGCGAGCGCAGCAUCUUGUGCUCCCUUCUCUUUUGCAGACCGUCGACCGCCUAAACGCAGUCGAAUUGCAAGACCGUAAUGCUCUGUCAAGUCUCCAGGCAAUCAAACAAAGCCUCACCCACUCGGAGGCGUCGACAUCCACAAAAGUCACAUACAGCCCCCACCUCACUUUCCUCGAAGAUCAGAUGCAACGCCAGACAGCCUCCCAUAUCCAGCUCGCCGGACUUUCCCUCUGCGAAUACAUGCUCCUGGCCGCUGGGUCCACCACCACCACCCACGAAGGCCCCGAAUACCUGCACCACGAAAUCUCCCAACUCCGCAGCGAAAUUCUCCUCAACACAGUCUACGAAGAAGUAGCCCUCUGGUCCCUCUUCGCCCUCUGCACCGUCACCGGCAACUGCGGACCCCAACACAUGCGCUCCCUGAAACGAAUGCAGAUAGAACAAGAGCUAGAAGACUGGACGAGUUGUAAAGCUCUGCUAGAGAAGUACGUCUAUCCGGCUCGAAUUUUGGAUAGUAGGGCCUCCGCGCUCUGGAAAGCGGUGUGUGCGAGCACGAUUAUAGCUAGGAAAGGCGGAAAUUAUGGCAAUCGGGACGGUGGUGGUGAGCCGACGAUUUUCCGGAAAGGCAUGGCGCAUCCGACGACGUAUUUGAGUCGGAUGAUUGAUGCCGAAGAGAGCUGA